AUGACCUCUCGAAAAGUCCAGGUCCGGUCCAAAAGCCACAAAGACUUACUGCUGGAAUAUUCAUGGUCUCUUCUUGACACCCCAUCCACCGGAAAUCCAUGGCAGUCGGUGGAUAUCGUCCUCCGGCAUGUAUUCUCAGUAAAUGCAAACAGCGCCUGUAAUAGCCUCGAGGACGCAUAUAUCCUCGAUUCUGGCCCGAACUCUGCGCCUCAAGAAUAUGGACCUGAAGCUUUCGGUUCACAUAAAGCAUUCCAGUUCUUCCUGCAAUGCUUGCGCGCCGCAACCACAUCCAGGCCACGUAUAGCGAAGCUCAUCGUGCCCUUGCAGAAAGGGCAUAUUGUCCGCUCAGACAUUAUUCCUCUGCGUCUGCGGGACUCCCAAUAUAUCGAGACGGCGGUGUCAUUUGCCGAGCCCUUUCAGAGCUACACAGGCUCCGCAAUUACACCUCCCGAUGCCAGCAACCUACCUGCACUUUUCUCUGCGGCUACAGCCGGUCUUCUCUUACAACAUAAUGUAGAGUCUGAUUCAUACCCCGGCUUUGAGGCAUUGUCCCUAGCGGUUGAAUCAGACUUGGAGAACAGACUCUCAUUUCCGUGGACACUGUCUGAACCUAUACAUCGGAAAACACUAGUACUAGUUGAUGCGAAUAGCAGCCACCCCGAGGACGGAGUAGGCCUUUACCAUGCCGCUCGAGUGCUCGGCAUCGACAUCGUCGUGCUAGACAAUAAAGGGCACUGGCUCGAAGGCCCGAAAGACGUAGCUGACCGAAUUGUCGAAUCCGUGAAGGCAUACGGAAAGCCGGUGGAUGGCAUUGUCACGUUCGCGGACUCGUUCUGGCCUUAUAUCGCCCAAGCUGCGCCGCAGGUGGGCCUUCAGACAGCUUCACAGGCAGCACUAAGAAUCGCCACGAAUAAGUACCUCACGAGCGUAUUCGCCGGCCACCAAGCUUAUCUCAAACCGUGCGAUGGCUGGAGCUCGGAGGGUGUAUCGCGUGUCGAUAACCUUGACGCGCUUACCAUGGCUGUCAACUCUAUCGAUGUGUCUCGCCACGGAACGGCAUUCGUCAUCGAGAAAUACUGUGAUGGCCCCGAAGUCGACGUCAAUUUCGUACUCCUGGACGGCGAAGUCCUCUUCUUCGAGGUCUGCGAUGACCUCCCCAAGUCGGCAGAUAUCAAUGGACCCAGCAUAGGCUCGCUGCAUAACUUCCACGAGCUGAACAGCGUCUACCCGUCCGCUCUCCCGCCCCAGGAAAUAGACCUCCUUCGAAGAAGUUUCCUGGACACACUACUCAAGCUCGGUCUGAGGGACGGCGUAAUGCACCUCGAAGGCCGGGUCGAGCAUUCAUCAGUCGAGUACACGAAACAGAACAACAACAACAUCAUCGACCUGUCCCCGCGUGCUCCGACUCAGCAACCACCAACGCCAUGGCUCAUCGAGAUCAACCCCCGUCCUCUCGGCAUGACGGGGUCCCACAUUAUCGAAUCGACCUACGGAAUCGACUACUGGGGUCUGGCGCUGCUCAUCGCCGUCGGCGACAAGCCCCGUGUCCGUGCUCUAUCCCAGCCUUUUAAGCAUGGGCCCCAGUACACCUGUGUCAUGGUCUUCAUUCCGGCCGACUACCCCAUAAAUUGUCAAGGCAUCUUUGACUCGGAUGAUAUUUGCGCAGACUUGAUAGCCCGCCGACCAGAUCUUGCGAAGCAGAUCAGUCGUUGUGCUUGUCUGGUCAAGCGGGGCCAGAAAAUUGCCCAUCCGAGUUCGGGGCGUCAUACCUUUUUGGCGUAUUUUAAUGUCUUUUCGAGGGUGGGGAGAAAGGAGGCACUCGAUUUGGCGAGAAAGGUUAGAGAGGAAGUGAGGUAUUCGUUUAUUUGA